AUGAGGUUGAAGUCCUACAGCACGGCAGUCCCAGACGGAGUGGCUGCGAUCCCGAUUGGCCGACGCCUUGCUCGCGGACGCGCUGCAAAAAUUCAGAACAAUUGCGUAUCGGUAACAAUCGGAGGACGCACGCAGGAAUUCUACGUAGAGCUGCAGCCGCUGCAGCGGAAGGACGCAGCCAGCAUCGCCUAUGCCCUCUGGUUGGUCGUGGAUGACAUAUUGAGGACUGUUCGGGAAGGCGUCGGGCCAGAUGUCGUCGUGCGCUUGGCGCAUUUAUCAUUAACGCUUCGCGCAUCGACACCGACGCGUCCAGCAGCGACGCGCAGGCGACUUCCCCUGAUCACGCCAUCGGGGAGAGAUGCUGGGAACAUCCUCCUCCUCCUCCUCCUCCUCCUCCUCCUCCUCCUCCUCCAGGGAUUCGCAAUCGUAGGGUAG